CACAAAUUCCACACAAACAUUUCGUUACAGUUUAUAGCAACAGCCAACAUUUAUUAUUUAGACCCCUCAACACGAUGUGCGAUUUGCCCUGUGUCUACAAUGCCAACAACUGUCUCGAGGGCACGCCCAUCAAGGGGCGCACGUUCAACAUAUUGCUGCUCUACUGCUGGCAGCGCGAAUACGAUAAACGCCCCUAUAAGCACUUUCAGUUUCGUCGCCUGGAUUUCGAGGAGCGCAUGAAUCGCAGAUAUCACUGCUUACGUGACUUUCGCACCAUUGUCAACUUUUUGCUGCAACGUCGUUUGCAUUCGGUGUCCAUUAGCAGCGUUGUCGUUAGCAACUGGAAUGCUCGCAUGCUGCAGGAUUUUGUGCGCUCACUGCUGUCAGUGCCCAAAGUGGAGCUCAAGCUGAUGCGACUGCCGCACGAGUUCUUUGUCAUGCUGCGGCUCAAAGUGCGCCAAAUGAAGCUGCGUGAGCUUAGUCUCGAGGCCACGCCCUUAUCUGAGAGAGAUGUGAUUAUGUUACGCGAAGUGCUGCUAGCCAGUGGCACGUUGCAUACACUUAACGUUGCAAGCUGCAGUUUGAAUCAAUACAACUUUGCCACAUUAGCGGAUGGCGUCUACAAAUCGAGCAGCAUGCGCUCGCUCAAUGCCAGCAGAAUCUUAGGCCUGACAUUGACGCUGGAUACAGAGAAGAUUACCUCGAUUGUGGGCUCGCUGCUAAUGCAAAACAAACUCGUUGAGCUGACCAUGGAGCAUUGCGACUUUGUGGCACAGGACAUGGAAACGGUGGCCGAGUAUUUGUACAGCAAAAGCUGCAGUCUGCGGCGACUGCGUCUCGGCUAUAAUCGCAUUGCCGCCGAUGGCGCUAUGUAUCUGAUGCGUGGCAUGGCCAGCGGCGGCAAGCUGGAGCUGCUCGAUAUAAGCGGCAACAGCAUUGGCAGUCAUGGCGGCGAAUGGAUUGCCAAGUAUUUCAGCUCGUGCCUCAUGCUGCAGCAUUUGCAUUUGAACUAUAACGAAAUUGGCGCCGAGGCCAUUAAUCUUAUACUGCUCACGCUAAAGAAACCGUGUCGCAUGAAGCGUCUGACUUUGUAUGGCAAUAGCUUUGAUGCAUGCACGGCAAUGAUUGUGCGGCGUCUCCUGGAUGCGGAAGUGGUGCUGCAUGAGGAGAUUGAUAUUAGCUACACUUAUGAUGAGGCACUGCAGGAUUAUCGCAUUGUGCCUUGGCGUUAACAGAGCGUUGCUUUUAUGUUUUAUUUAAUUUUAACAACGCCGACAAUGGAUAAUAAAUUUUAAAAAAAAUU